AUGCGUCUCCUGCGUCGGUCCAUCAGUUCCCGGGACCAUUCUGGCUUCAUUUCUUUAAUGGCAGAAGAGUUUGACGACAUUUGGAACCUUUACCAGAUCAUACAUAAAGACGAUCGUAUCAAAAUACGCGUUCGCUCCGAUAAUAACCCAUGCUCUUCAACUUCAACAGAAAGCGAAAGGAUCCGAAUUACGCUUUGGAUACAAGUUGAUACGGUUUCAGCCGACUUGAGUAUCUCGAGCCUUGCCUUGAAGGGACGUGUGUGUGUGGAGAACGACUAUGUGAAGGUAUGCCGAUAUAGCCUUCAUUCACUCCCUCAAGAUCGGUAUUUAGGACCACUUUUAUCGUUAGGCUCCUUCCAUACUCUUAAUGUGGGAAUCAACGAAAAAAUCGAGCUGCAAAAAGAUUUCUGGCCCGAGUACAUUCUUGAGCUAAUUGACAAAUCCAUCAAAGAGGGCAAGAAUGUUCCCGUGAUCGCACUGAUUUUUCAGAUGGGCAUGAGGUUGAUGUGUCGCCCACGUUUGCGCCAUCAAAAAUUCGGCCAUCAUUUUGAAAGAGAAAAUCGAGACUCAUAUACCAAAGAAAUCCAAUCUUGGGAUCAGAUCAAAAGUGACAAUUUCUAUCUUCGCAUAUGCAAGACACUUGUGAAACAUUUCCAAUUUUCCGAUAUCAAUAACUGCCUGGUGGCUAGUCCUGGAUUCUACAACAAAGACUUUAUUGAAUACAUUUGCGACCGAUUUGCUACUCCAUCGGCAGAUGCGGCUUUGCGAUCUCUUUUUUUAAACAAGUCUAAAUUCAUAGUCGUUCACUCUUCCCAUGGCUAUUUGUCUGCACUAGAGGAAAUUCUGGCAGAUAAAAGCUCCAGUGCUGUUCUUUCCUCCACCUCGUCAUUCAAUGUUGAACAAAAGGCUCUUGAACGAUUUAUCACCAUGUUAUCAAAAUCGCCUAACAAAGCCUACUAUUCGUAUGAACAUGUCCGCUAUGCUGCUGAUUUAAAUUCCGUCAAAGAACUUUUUAUUUCUAGGAUGCCUUCAGUUGAUGGUGAUAGAACUUGUUUUGAUGUCGAAAAAAGAAAAUCACUAUUUUCUUUAAUGCAGGAUGUAAAGUCACAGGGAGGAACCGUAAUUGUAUUUUCCAGCUGUUUCGGGUCAAUGGGACAACUAAAUUCAUUAUCUGGAAUUGCUGCUAUCCUUCGUUUUGAAAUCUCAGAGGAGUCAUUUGAGCUUUGCUGA